AUGCAAGUCCCCCCUUCCAUCGUGCAGGAGGGCGGGUCCGCCUCGGGGGGGAGCAAGGGGCGGGUCACCUGGACUGCCAGCGCCUCGCUCGCGCCCGCCGCGGUUGCAAACGAUGGAGUCGACCUGAGCAUGGAGGACAUCAGGAACCUCGUCCGCUGUUCCGAGGCGUCAGACGAUGAUGAGUGGCUCCCAGAGGUGUUGACCGACAGCGGCAAACGCGCGCGACCGAGCUAUGCGUCCGAGGCGCCGUGGACCCUCGAGGAGGACCUGACAAUCGAGCAGUCUGCGCUGCAGUACCAGCGCCUCGGCCUACGCUGCAACUGGGGCGAACUUGCCGAGCAGCUACCCAAAUUCCGGGACGAGCAAGCGGUGCGCGAUCGGUGGAAAGAGCUGCAGAACCGGGCGUGCCCAAGCGCCCCGGGCGCUCCCAGCAACGCGCGGCCGCCGUCGGCUGCGAGCAGCUCCGCCUCUGUCGCAACUGCACUGCUCCACCUGCCCAGCACGAGUGCCUCUUCGAGCCCCUCCUCUGAAGCACGCUAUGACGAAUCGCUGGGCCUCGCCGCGAGCGCAGCCGGCGUGUUGCCGGAGAGGAGCUCCGCCGAUGUGCUCCGCAUGGCUUGCGCCCCCGGCGCGGUCGGUCCUGGCCGCGUGGGCCGCGCGGGCGGCGCUCCUGGCGCCGCCCGCCCUGGAGACAUGCACUGCAUGUGGCAGCCAGAGGAAGAUGAGCUGAUUGAUCGUGCGGUGAGCUUUGGAAUGCAGUGGAAGGCCAUCGAGGCCAUGCUUCCCGGCAAGACCGCGGAGGGCUGCUGCCGACGUUGGCUCAUCGCCCAGCAGCGGAGGCUCGCCUCGCAGGGUGUCAAAACCAGAGGGCUUUCUGAGGUUGUGGCGCACCUUCGAGGUUGUGGCGCCAUGCCGCUAGACGGCAUCCCUGCGCCUGCGGUCCCUACGCCCGCACCUGCGCCAAUGAUGCCGCGCGAUAUUGUGGUGCUGCCUCCGAUGCCGUGCGCCUCCUUCUCCGGAUCUGCGCCUCCCGAAAGGCGCCCGCGUCCAGCGGCGACAUUUCGCACGAAAACCCCGCUGGGCGACGUGUCGCGCUCCCGCCCGCCGGUCUCGCCCCGCACCCCCUGGCCUCAGAGUACGCAGAGGCCGACCCUGCCCGUGGUAUUUGCACAGCCGAUGAUGGCGUACAAGCAGCCGGCUGUCGGAUAUGCGCAGCCCGUCGAUUCCGACUUCACCUUCAUGUGA